AGUAGUUCCGGUGGCUCAGCAGCGGAGCGGAGCGCUCAGACCCGGAGCUUCGUGCUGCUGAUGAGCUCAGUCAACGCGAGCAGCGGCUCGAGUCCGCCCGUCAUGACAGUCGAGUGACCGGGGCAGCGGUCAGUGUGACGCCCGCACAGCUCAGCUCCGUGCCCGCCGCUCGACCCACAGCGUCCGGACAGCCGCUCCAGCUUUGUGUCUGCGAGGGGGGAAUUUUUUUUCUUCAAGUGCAGGACAAGGCGUCUGGAGCUUUUCUGGAGCAGAGUGCCGACAGAAAGCCAAGAAUUGAGCCGGUCCGUGUUCACCUACGACGCAGCGGCCAUUGCAGUGGCUAAAUGAAGAACUUGUGAACAUGCACGAGGCAAGGACUCUACCUUUCACUUCGGUGACUUGCCCAGAUGCGUUGGCCCAAAGAAAGAUGGAAAGGAAUGGGAAAAAAGAUGAAUAGACGUAGUAAACAAACCUCCUGCUCCUUCCAGACUUGAGCCAAGGCUGCUGCACAGCACCCAUUCAGUGAGCCAAAAGUAGAUCCUGCACACGCCACGUUGCUGAGCCUUUCACCCGUCCUCCUUUUGACCCCCCCCCAACCGACCUACAAACACCAUGACCUCUGAGCUGGAGAGCAGCCUGACCUCAAUGGACUGGCUCCCCCAGCUGAGCAUGAGGGCAGCCAUCCAGAAGGCGGACACGGGACACCACCUCAGCCACCAUCACGGACACCACCACCUCCAUGGUCACCAUCACGGGCAAGGGCCUGGCAAAAAAAGCGUUCAUCUGGAGCCAGGGACAACGCUGGACCAGGAGGAAGCUGCACAGCACAGAGAUGGCAAACCGCCCUACAGCUACGCCAGUCUCAUCACCUUCGCCAUCAAUGGCUCGCCGCGCAAACGGAUGACCCUCAGUGAGAUCUAUCAGUGGAUCUGUGACAACUUCCCCUACUACCGAGAGGCGGGCAGCGGCUGGAAGAAUUCUAUACGACACAACCUGUCCUUGAACAAGUGUUUUCUCAAAGUGCCUCGCUCCAAAGACGACCCUGGAAAAGGUUCCUACUGGGCCAUAGAUACCAACCCUAAAGAAGACACAGUUCCCAGCAGGCCCAAGAAAAGACCACGAUCUGGAGAAAGGGCAUCUACUCCUUACAGCCUGGAGUCGGAGUCUCUGAGGAUGGACUGCAUCAUGUCAGGAGGGGCGUCUCCCACUCUGGCCAUCAAUGCUGUGACCAACAAGGUAGCACUGUACAACCCCGAGGCAGAAGGCAGUGAGAGCCCCGGGAGUCUGGGCGGGAGCCUGAGCAACAGUCUCUCAGAGCAGAGUUUGGCGUCUGUCAACCUUAACAACCUGAACACAGCCGUCAGCAGCGGCGGCAGCAGCAGCGUACACAGCUACACACCAGUGAGUUCCCACUCUGAGCCAUCGUCCCAGUCCCUGAGCCUCCAGCCGCCCACCCAGCCGCCGCCGCCUCCCCCCCCUCCCACACAGCCCCAGUAUGGCCUGCCCGUCCCAGAGGCGCGGGACAAGCCGCUCUGCUUCUCGGACUUCGAGGACCUCAGCGCUUCGUUCCGCAGUCUCUACAAGUGCGUCUUCGAGCAGUCCUUCUCACAGCAAGGUUUGAUGGGUAUGCCCGGUGACUCCAGCCAGCAGGCCCGGACCGCCUGCUCAUACCAGCACUCCCCCGGUGCGGGAAGCAGCGGUGGUCACCACCACCAAAACAACCACGGCCAAGCGUUGCACCACCCCCACCACCCCCACCACCCUCAGCAGCACCUCUCCCCUCACUCCACCCACGGCCAGCACCAGGCGCACAGUCCACACGGUCAGCACCAACAGCACCCUGCACAUUCCCUGCAGCACCCAGGUCUCUCCCACCAGAGUCACACCGGGCAGACCUGCCCCACAACAGGCAUUUCAUCAGACUGGUAUCCCAACCUGGACUGGCUGAAGGAGAGCUGCCGCAUUGCUACCAGCUACAACUGGGCUGACGUUGACCUCUCCCCGUUUCAAGGUCUGAAGGAGAGCAUGCGUCAGGCCGAGCUCAACAACUGGUCGCUGGAGGCCGCCCAGAUGGCCGACCUGUGCUCCUCCAUCAACCAGUUCUUCACGGCCACGGGGGUCAUCCCCCCUCAGGGCGCCACCCACCCACAAGCUCAGGUCCAACACCCGACACCACCAGGGGCGCCGCAGCACCCGGCUCAGCCGCACGGGGCCAUGCACCCGAAGGCCAGCCAGCACAAUCAGCACGGGCAACACAGCCAACAUAGCCAACACAUCAGCACAGGGAACAUGUACAUGGACUCGAGACAGAACAUUUCCUCUCUGAUGGGCCCACCACCAGGAUACCCCCACAUGCCUCCUAUGAGCAACACGGCCCCGACCAUGACAGGUCAUCACAGCCAGCUGAGCCAGCAGCAGCAACAUGCGCUGCCACCGGGACACUUUCAGGUGAGACGCAUGCUCGCCGCAGACGACAUCCAGGACGACUUUGACUGGGACUCCAUUGUUUAAAUGGAGCCAUAAGUUGGACAGAGACAAUGAAGGUAGAGAGACAUGAAGACGUCAUGUGAUGACAGGUGAGGUAAGGAACCAGCAAACCUGCUCCUUACACCAGUGUGACAAAACAGAAGACAAUCCACCAGAAAACAAAUAGGAAAGAUUUUUUUUCCUCUAAUCUUGCUGGCUUCUUAUUUCUGGUUCAACUGGUCGAUGACUCUAAAGACAAUCAAUUAAAACAAAUGAGACUUAAAAAUGGGAUUGGACCGAAUCAAGACGUAAAGGACACAUCUCUCAGAGCAGAAGGACGGCGGCGGCUCUCUGAACUGUCUCAUAUUGUGUGUGUGUCUCAGCGCCAACAGGGUUACAAGUCGCCAAAGUGUUGUCGAAUCGUCUGUGAAUUAUUUACCCUUCGUUUUCUUACAUCUUUUUACGUUUCCCGCUGCAACUUGUGUCCCGUGUCGGUGAAAUCCCAGCACCUGUGGCUGAUCUGAAAAAAAAAAUAUAUAUAACUUUCAUACACACACUGCACUGGUUUUAUGAAUUACAUCCUUCUUUCUCUUUGUAUCCUUUCUUUGUUCACUAAUACUGAACAACUUCAGCUUCUGUCCAAUGACUUUUUGAAAAAAAGCAAGAAAAAAAAGCAGCAGAGCGCCACCUGCUGGUCAAUCACAGCCACCAUUUUGCUUCCUCUGCCUCAAAGAUUGUUCUAUGCACCACAAUCUGUUUUUAGUUCUGUCACAAUGGACAUCGAUUCUAAACUUUCUCUACUUUAUUUCAUCAUUUGAAAUGUCAUUUUUUUGUGGGACAGUCCAUGGUGCCAUGUUCUCAGGGUGUUGCAUCCGUUAACAUCAUCACGUCUCUGCCGUUUCUAUGUGAGGUUGACUGUGCAGUGCUCUCAGUGUUAACGUCCUGUUGGCGAGCAGCGAGGGUCCUGGUGAGAAGUCUCAAAUCGUCAUUUGUCAGCUUAUAAGCUAAACAGUGUGAAAUAUUAAGGCCACUGAUUGAAAUUGAAAAGACACUCGGACUUCGCUGAGGUAUAAUUCAUUUUUGGGAAACAUGCAUAUCACUUAUGAGCAGGCAGAGGAGACCGGCUGUGACACGCCUCAUCUCGGAGAAGAUGAGCAUUUCUUUUUUUUGGGGGUUUUCUUUUGCACAACGUGAAGCUCGACAGCAUAAAGCAAAAGAAAAACAUUUUAUCUCUUUGUUUCAAAAGACAUUCAGAAAAAAGAAUAGAGCAGCAAAAGAGCAAAGCAAAAGUUUGAGAUAUUCAACUUUUUUUUUUUACUGUGAUGUUUACUUUUGUCUUUGUGUACAAGUGUGUAUUGUCCUCUCUGAUUUCCUUUGGCUCCAUACAGCUAAAAAAAAAUACACAUAAAGAGACCAAUACUUUGUUUGUAUUACGUGGGUACGCAGUGAAAUACGGGACCUUAAAGUGCUCUUUGCCUUGGAAGAUCUCGCUAUAGAAAAAAAAAGAAAAAUACUCUGUAUUAUUGCCAUUAAAUGCUGUAUUACAGUGACCAGCAUAUAUAUCUUGUAUGUUUGUGUGUUGUUGUCCUUGUAAAUAACAGUAUGUUCCCCCUGUUUGCCCUUGAAAAACACAGACCGAUGAAAACAACGAAUGGAGAGAAAGUAUUUUGUUAUCCGUCCUUCAGGGGACAUAUUAUGUACAUACCGUCAGUAUAUUGUAAAUAAGUGGUAAAAGAGAAAAAAAACAGGAACAACUUUGGCGUUUUGUGUGUCAUAAAUAAUCUGUGUAUGGCGGUUCAACAGUUAAAUUCUGUUUCAGUGUUUAUUAAAAUGUCAUUGACCAUUUUUACUGCGAAA